AUGGACGGGUAUAGGAGUUGGAGCAUGAUGGAAUGGCAGUCUCGGUUCCCAAGCUCAGCCGUUCUACCUCGCACUCUCAAUCAUUCAAAAUCUAUUGGCGGCCUGUCUGGUGGGAGGAAAUCAUACGAUCCUGAGCAUAAUGAGCGCUACGGACCUCAUAAGUUAUCUUUCGACCCGUCGGUAAAAUCAGCAAGCCAUACGCCCCGUCGCCGGCGCCACAAGAUCACUCUCGAGAGCACUCGAAACGAUGAAAACAGCAGCGAAACAAGUCCAGGCAUCUCGCCAACCCCCCCUACACGACCAAAUACCCUUUCUAGAGCGUACAAAUCAUCGUCCGGGUCGAAUUCUGCUUGUGCUACGGCAGGUAAUCUCUGGGUUCUGAGCUCAAGAAAGCCUUCGAAGCUGUCAGUCUUGGAAAGUGCCGCACCUUCGUCUUCAAAUCAUAACGAGGAGGCCUUUAAGUUCUCUCCGAGUGACUCUAUGGUGCCGGGGUCGCGUCCAGAACCCAACUUCUCCCCUUCCAACCACCAUCCGGACCUUGUAUUUAGCUUGCCUGCUGACUCAAGCACCACCUCAACAAUCCAUCGUGUCACAUCUUCUUUGAAUGGAACACCUCUACCAGAGGGAUCUUUUGACAAAACGAAGUCAAAACUGCCUACUGGACAACUCCCAAAGACACCUCCUAUAAGCCCACCGAUCAUCCGCCAUCUGCCUGCGGGCGAGAACUCUAGCUUUGAUCAAGAAUACUUUUCUGUAGACACCGACCCGGUUGAUCUAGGAGAGGAUAAACCUUGUCCUCUGGCAUGUCAAAACUACGCGGAUCGGCAGGGCCUCCUUUGGGACAGGGCGAGCCGCAUGCUCGAAAGACAUUUCCUGAAUCCGGCGAGCCUAACCCAGUCAGAGUUCGCAUCAUUGGUCUCCAAUCGCGAUGAAGACAUCUCAAAUUGGCUUCAGAGCAACAUUUCGCCAAUCAUUCAUCGGACUGUAGCAAAUUGGACCCAGGUAAACAGAGAUUUGGUCGAAGCUGGUAUAUCUCUUUGUGAACUGAAGGAGAAAUUCCUUGAUGAAAUUGAAUUUAUGGAUCACUCUGAGCAAAUGGAAUUCAUUCAAAGCUAUAAAUUGAUUGAGAGUCGGGUCAUAACUGCCAUGGAAACCCUCAACUUUACAGCCCAACAACGUCGGGAACUUGAAUCCAUGUCUAUCGUGGAAAAGUAUGACUACAUCACAAGCUGUGUUACGCUUCAAGAGUUGGAAGAAACGAUUGCACCGUCAAAAACAAUCAACGACAGUCGGAAACCGAAUUGUCGUCAGACCAAGGUGGAUUAUCUCAAGGCGGAGAUAGCUGAGAAGCUCAGACACCUUCAGCUAAAGCUUGAGGAGAUGAAAUCAAUGGACAAGUCGACGGACAAGCUCGAGGAUGGGCUGUCACGGACUACUAAGUCCCGUGUGAUAUGGAGAUCCGAGGACUACGAUCAUGACAAUGUCGAAUUGCCCUCUUAUGGGGAGCCGGAGAAGGAGCAUCUGAAUAAACUCUCUAUAGUUCGCACUGCACCUGUCUAUCGCCAGCGGGUAGCACACGACGAUCCCUUCAUCGAUAGAACGGACUGGGAGGGGAAACCCUUCUACGAUUAUUCGUCUCCAUCUCAGUAUCCUCGGGCGAACGAUCCCACCACUUGGGACCUAGGAAGCAGUAUCUCGGAUUGCACGAGUGUACCAUAUUAUGAUGGGAUCGAGUACCAACAUUACGUGGAUAAUAAUUGGCGUUGUUACGAAGACAGAGCCAUUUCUAUUACCAAACGAAAAGAUCCCGGUGCGGUCUUGCCAAUCCCUGACCAGGCGGUUGACUCCAGUGUCAAAAACCGAGUUCUGUACGACACUCCUGAUAUCUAUGAAAAAGCCCAGAAAGCUGCAAAAGAGAUAUCGGAUAUCUAUCAAGUUCUGGAAAGACGUUCUGUUAGUUCUCCGAAGACACACGAAAACUAUAAGACUGGGGAUGAUGAACAGCACAGGGACUCUGCUGUUUGUAUAGAAAGGGAUCUUCUGCCGAAUCAGCGAAAAGAGAAUGUAACAGCACGCAAUACUAAUACGAUACCCGUCAUUAAAAAGCCCUCAAUGUGUAGCAUCCUGUCCGAGAGCUCGACAACUUCAGUUCAUGUUGUGUUGAGAAAAGUCAGUGCAAGCAAACCAGACCACAUUCGACAAAAUCUGGCGACCAGUAUUCAUAUCGAAUUGGUAGACGCUCACGACAAUGCAAUUAGUUCUGACGUUGGCAAAAGCUCUUUUGAAGCUGGGAAAGAAGAUGUUCUAUCUGUCGACCUCCCAAGAAACAGAAGUGUCCGGAAGAAGAUCAGCAGGUUCUUUGGAUCUCUUAAAAGGGGAUCUCUCAGACGUAAGGGACGGCCAAAUGUAGUCAUGGAUGAGUGA